AUUAGACUCAUGAAUUUGAUGUCGAUUAUUGAGACCAGAGACCCCACAUUAAUAUGAUAUUGUCCGUCUGGGUUUCCCCCACGUAUUUGUUCUUGUACACCUUCCCGAAUGACCUCGUAUUAAUAGAGUUAUAGAUGGAUAUUUGUAUCCACGUGAACUUUCCCUUGUAUGUCUAAUGUGGCACUUGGAUUGCACCUCAAGACAGCAACAUCUAUCCAUGUCAUUUGACUUGCGGUAAGUCAAAAUUAAGUAUCCAAUUUUUUGGUUUAGAGAACGUGGAUGUAAAGCAGUAACUAGUUGAACAUCGCCACUCCACAAAAUUUUGUGGCAAACCCAUUGGCCUUAGUGUAUACAAAAGAAAAAUACAAUUGAUAGAGUUUGAAAUUUUCCAUCAAAUCGAUUUUUAAAAUGCAUCUUGGAAUACACUAGAUAUUUUAUGAUUAGGGGUGAGCAUUAGGAGGUUGAACCCACAAAUCUAUCUGCAACUAACUCAUCCAUUCUGUUGUGAGUGGGUCCCGUACAAAUUGUAAAAUAGGUGACCCAAUAUAUAUUGGGUCCUAUCCUAUGAAUGGAAUGUGGUUGACUUGGGAUCCAACCUACCUUUUAAUCUCAAACCAUCCAAUAUCUAACAUAUGUCUUUAAAUAAACUAAAAUCCUAAAAAUUAUUAAAAAACAAUUUCCCCCAAUUUCAAGCAAAAUAUCUUCUCAAAUCUUUAGUUAUCCUUUCUUCUCAAGUUUGAGUGAAUAUAUUCUCAAACUUAUAGUUAUCGAUGAUAAUUGAUAUUUUUUCCCGUUACUGAAAUUAUAUACCAUAUAUUCACUUCCUUUUAUGAUUCUUUGCUCACUUUUCUUCUUUUUAAUUUUUAUACUAAUUUGGAUUGUUCAUUUGAGGAGCGUUCUAUGUCUGAUUAUAACUCUGUACUUGAACAAUUAGCUAGAUUUAUGUUGAAACUUCAUCUUCAUUUUUUAUUGGGUUAAUUGCAUGGUUGGUCACUGAGAUUACAAAAAACGUUCAAGUUUGGUCACUCGAAAUAUUUAAAUCCAUUGAUGGUACUUCAGUUUACUGAAACCGUUCAAGUUUGGUCACUCUCCGUCCAACUCCGUUAACUUUUGCUGAUGUGGCAAUCAACUCUCAAAGUUGACCGUUAACUUAGUGACGUGGCAUUUAAAAAAUAAUAAAUAAAAUUUAAUUUAAUUUAUUUUAAUGUUCAACUCAUUUUUUCCAUAAAAUAAAUAAAUAAAAUAAAAUUUAUUAUAAUUAUCAAAUUGAAGGGGCACUUCCUCCUCGUCGGAGCAGCGACGCCUUCCCCCAUUAUAUAAAGUGCAGAUUAGGGAGCUGCAGAUAACAAAACAGAGGAGAAGGGAAUGAGUUCACAUCCUUAAGCCUCUAUACUUAAGAAGCUCCUUAAGUUAAUGUGGGCCAUUAGAUCAAUCUUAAGUAGUUAGUGGGUUGUUAGUGGACAGUUAGCUGUUUUUAGGUUGUUAGGGGUAAGAAUGACAUUGCAAUUUUAGUUUAGUUAAUUAUUAAUGUAUUUAUUUAUACUAACCCCAUGUCUUACGUUGGUAAACUAGGGUUUUUUGUAUUGUUCUCUAGGUUUUUCUGCUUCCACAAGUUCUACGGCUCCGGCGACGUCGACAUGCAGCAACAUCGUUUUUCUGGUGCAGGGGAUACCUGCGAUCGUCUGCCGGUUUUUGGUGCACUAGUCGUCGACAGCAGCGUCGCGAAUCUCGUUCAUUCUGCAGCUUCCCAACUUCUUCCUUCCGUUGUUUGCAGCGCCGCGAAUCUCGUUAAAUCCGCAGCUUCAUGACUUCCAUCCAUCGUUUCAACGCCUCAAAUCUUAUCGGGUGGAGCAGCUUCACGUCGCCGCACAUUCCAUCGUUGAAGCUUCCUUCGACAUCUUACCUUUCGUGUGUUUUUUGCUCAGACGAGUAUGCAUCGUGGGUUGGUUGUUAACCUAAUCUGAUCUAUGUAUUAACAUUUUGUGAAGUAAUGGUCAACGAUUCUUCCUAUGGCCAUGAAAGGUUUUCAAUCUUGUUAUUGUUUCUUUGUGGUGAUUGUUAACCUUUCAUCGCUGAUUGUUAACCUUUUGUAGUUGAUUGUUAAUGUUCUUACGUUGAUAACAAUUUGGCUAUAGGCAACAAAGUAUGGUUAACAAAUUUUGUUUUCCUUUUCAACGAUUUACAACAACACUUUAAUGACAUACAUUGUGGUUAUUAACGUUUUCCUAAUAAUCAGUAUCGUAAUUUGAAUCAUUAUCAAUGGGUGGUUAUAGCUUAUCACUGUUGGGGAAAGCAUUAUUAAUAAUAUGUAGUGCGAUUGACAAUCAUUAGAUUUGUUCAUUAUCAAUGAUUUUUAAUGAAUCUCAUGGAACGCUUACAAUUAUAGAACAUUUAUUUUUACUUAAAACAUAUACUGUUAUCAAUGACCAUCAAUUAAAUUAUUAACAUUUUUCUACCACUGUUAACAUCGUAAUUUAACGUUAUCAACGUUUCUCCAAGGCAUCAUUAACAAUAUACUGUCAUAAUUACAGUUAUCAACUAUUAUGUGAGGUAUCAUUAACAAUGUAAUGUAAAGUUAUCUACGGUAAAACGUAUACCGUUAUCAAUGACCUUAAUUAAAUUACUAAGUUUUAUACAACCGUUAAUAAUGCAAUGUAAUGUAAUUAACGUUUAUGCAAAGUAUCAUUAAAAAUAUGAGUUUCCCAUAAUAAUUUUAGGAUAUUUGAAAAGUCAUUAUUAACGACAUCUCGUAUUGUUUCCUCCGACCCGACCCUUUCUUCGUCGGCGCCGGCGAUCAUCUCUUUCCUUAUAUCCUACCUCCUAGAGUUCGUUGUAUAUGAGCUUUUUUGUCUGUGUUGCAGGGAGAUUUCAUCAUUGCAACCCAGCCGCCGUGAAUAACAGCUUGAGUUUUUAUUAACAGCCUCGUAGAGCAUUGUCAAUGGUUUGUAUUGUAUUUAAUAACUCAACAUGGGUUUUUAUUAACAUAUAGUGGUAUCAUUAUUAACAUGUGGCAUGCGGAAUUAGUUAUGGAAUUUCAUGGAUUGUUAACGGCUUAAUUAGUAAUGUUUUCAAAUUUUGUAUGUACAUGUGAAUUUCGAAGGUGGGAAAUGUAAAUGUCACUUUCAAUAAAAAAAAUGUUAAUCACAAAUCAUUGAACCGCUAAUAACACUUCCAUAUUACAUUAAUAAUAGUCCACAAUAUUUUGGAUUUUACACUCCAUUCUUAACCAUGAACAUUGAUUGUGACAAUCCCUCAAUAGUAUGAUUAAACAUCUCCACGCAACACAUUCACCAAAACAUAGUAUAUAUUAUUGAUAAUGGUAUAAAAAAUGACUAAUAAUUAAAACAAAAACCGUUCAUAACACAUUAACAAAAAAUAGAAUACCAUUAAUAAUAUUUACCACCGAUUUUGAACACAAAAUCCAUAUGACACGUUUAAGAAAACCACAUGUCCUUACGAUGUUAAUAACGACAAUGUAAAUUAUUAAUCCACAUGUCCUUACGAUGUUAAUAACGACAAUGUAAAUCAUUAAUAAUAACUGCAUAACCUUUAACAAUUACCUUAUAUCCAGUACCAAAUCCUCAACUUUCGUUAAUAACAUAAUAUAGUAGUGUUACCAUAAUUGGUUACUAACAAACUUGGUUAAUAAUAAUGCAAAUAACUUUGUUAAUAAUAUUGUCCAUACCGUUAUGAACACACCGUCAGCGUCAUAAGUUUCUAAUUGGGUUCAGAUUGUAAAUCUAGAGCCAAAAGACUAAUACUUCGCACCAAUUCGGUUAAUAACGUUAAUGAUUAUUA